CGUUGUUGCGGUGUUGGGAGGGUUGGACUCGGCUCUCUCUUUUAUCUAUAAUUUUUUUUCUCUGGUGAUCGGUUUCGGGUAGUGGGAUAUACACAGGGGUGGGACAGGAUUCGGUAAGGUGUCACUAAAACCCGGCUUCUGGAGCGUGUUGCUGUGUUUCGGGUUGUUGUGUACUCAAUAUGGCGACCCAUUUUGUUGUAAUGUACACAGCUACAGCAGGGGCAAAUGGGCCCCUGCUGGGCACAGACGAAGAAGAUAUCGUCUUAAUGCAGUUCUUGGUGUGGGACGCCGUCAGUAGAAAGGUGGUUACAGAACAGCAGUACAUCAUCAGGCCGCCCACCGAGGACAUCAACGAGAACGUGUUGGGCGAGCAGUGCCGGGAGGACUUUGGCCUAACUGAGGACCAGGUCAAGAACGGCCAACCUCUCGAGAACGUCAUCGACUCGUUUGACGCCAUCCUGAGCAAGAUCGCUGAGGGUAACACGGGUCGCGUGGCUCUGGUGACGGACGGUCAGCUGCACCUUCGUCAGGUGGUGCACCCCAAGGCCUUAGCGAGGAACCUCCACAUCCCAGAGUACUACAAUUCCUUUUAUGACCUCCGUAAGGAGUUCAAGUCCUUCUACCACUCGGAGGAGAUGACGUGCGUCCCCGACAUGAUAAACUUCCUGGGGGAGGAGUCUGAUGAGAACGAGGAGUUGGCUACCCGCACAGUGAGAGACAUGGGACGGAUCAUAGCCAGGAUGAUUGCUGAUGGUCACAGAUUCGUUCUACCCGAGACAAUAUUGAUUCGACUUGAGCCCGGCAUCUG